UAUUCAACAAAUAAUAAUUUAAGGUAGGAUUUAGUUAUAUAUUUUUGCAGCCUGAGAUAUCAUGGCCUGAGAUAACAUAACCUUAUGUUCUAAAAAUCAGUUCAUUCCUGGUUUGUCAUUUAUGAAACUUCUGAAAUGAGGGAUGAGUGACAUCUUAACUGGAUGAAAUGGAGACCCAACAUGGCUGUGAUGCAUGUAUACCUACUGAGGUAAGCGCUCCGGUUUCUACACGCUCCAUUCGUUUGGUGUCCCCUAUACAAAGUGCCUGGACGACAACCAUAAAAGACAGCCAUUAAACUAAAUUAGGCUCUAUGACAAUUUCACUGCACAUUUUCAGGAGCAAGCCACACACAUCUGGUUUUACUUUGUGGUCAUUUUUGCUUUGUUAGAAAUGAAGAAGAAUCAAGAAUCAAGGUUUGACUAAGGAAGCUGCUUUUCCAACUAUUAAAACAAAAGAAUAAUUAUAAUUCAUCCAAAGAAUUUAAUUCAGACUCUGGCCCCAUCUGAACCAGACUGUGUACACACUGUGAUGUGAUGUGUUCACUAUUGCACUCUGUGACUCAUCUACAGUAGCAAACAUAAAAGUUGUGCCUCACACGUAUAAGUGUGAAUCAUAUCCCAUUUAUCGUAAUAUGUGCAUGACAAAUAAUCAGAAGAGAGAGGCCACUGACUUAAAUUAACUCAAACUGAACAGUUUUAGACUAUUCAGGCCUCCACAGCUCUCCACAUGUGAGAUAAAAACACUUACUCAAAGAUAAAAAUAGAUAACUGUUAUACGUUAUGUGUAUACAUAAAAAUACUUGUCGUGUGAUGUCAUACUUCAAAAGCAGUGAGGCUCAGAGAGGCAUGUUAAGGUGAUUACUUUAAGUACAUAUGUUAGGUGGUUUAUUAUUGCGGUGUAAUGCAUAUAUGUAUGUUCACAUACAUGCUACAUGCAUGUGAAAUAUUUCUGUUGAUUGGAGGUGUGUACAGAGAGCUGUGGCCGUGUGCCUGCAUGUCCUCACCUUGUGAACUGACAACACAUGAUGUAAAGGCCUGACAUCAUUUCACUGGGAAUCCACUCCCUCAAAUGCACUACUAUUAUAAAAAAACAAAACAAAACAAAAAAACAACUAUUAAACUCUCUAACAAGCUGAUCUAUAUUGUCUGCCUUGCUUCAGAAAGAAAAAUCUUCAGAUUAGAUUCUGCGCUCACUGUAUAUGAUGAAAUGGUGACACUCUACAGUUGAGUAUUGGAGCAUCAGGACCUCCCCUCGCUGUGUCGUCAGCUGCUUACCUAAGGCCCUGGCAGAAGCUCCACCACAAAACAGCAGGAAAUCUGAUCCAUAUGGUGGCUCUAUAAAGCUGACCGCUGAUUUGAGUCGUCAUCAAAACCCAAGCAAGCACUUCUUCUCUUUGAUCGCCACCACUCUCUGCUGCACCUGAACAUUGCCUCUGUCCCACCAGCACCACUGUUCCACACAAGAUAUGAAGAUACUUGGCCUUGUAGCUUUUCUACUUUUGCUUGGGGCAAUUGUUUGCCAGAACAACCGCCAGAACAAUGUCAAGACAAGUGGUAAGUCCACCAAAAAGACUGGUGGGGCACAGGGAGCAGAUGUGAGCCAGUCCUCCACAGAGGUAGAUCUACCGUCCAGAAGCACUGGAAGUAUUGCGGCGGCAGUCUCCAGCAGAGAACAAGGCAAUGGGAACAGAGGAGCAGCUCCUGUAGGGGCUGGCAGCACCAGGAGCCCUGGACAACAGGCUGAGGAGAUGAGGCUGCACUUCCUUAAAAACACACAGGUCACAUGUAACGAUGGGACAGCUGCAGGGUUUUACCUAAGAGAGUUCAGAGGGAGCCGUCGAUGGCUGUUAUUUCUGGAAGGAGGCUGGUGCUGCUACAGCAAAGAGACCUGUGAUUUCAGGUACCAAAAUAUCCCACGGCUGAUGAGCUCAACGGCGUGGCCUCAAACAAAGACAGGGAGUGGCAUAUUGUCUUUUCAGGCUGUGGAAAAUCCACAUUGGCAUAAUGCUAAUAUUGUAUUUAUUCCAUAUUGUUCGAGUGAUGUGUGGAGUGGAACAGGACCUGCUCCAAACCCACCUCCAAGGCCAAGAGGCAGAGAGAAGGAGAAAGACCAAAAUGCAAAUACGACUGAAUACACCUUCAUGGGAUCCUUGAUCAUUCGUGAGGUCAUCAAAGACUUGAUCCCUAAAGGAAUAAAGCAGGCCAAGGUUGUCAUGCUGACUGGUACAAGUGCAGGUGGGACUGGUGUCUUACUGAAUAUUGACAGAGUGGCUGCUCAGCUGGAGCAGCUGGGGACAGAGGCACAGGUCCGUGGCCUGGUAGAUUCAGGCUGGUUUCUAGAGAGUAAACAACAAAGGUCUCCAAACUGCCCUGAGACGGUUUCAUGUUCCCCUGAAGACGCCAUCAAGAUGGGACUCAGACUGUGGAAUGGAGUUGUUCCCAACAGAUGUCGACAACUUUAUAAGAAAGGAGAAGAAUGGCAGUGCUUCUUUGGCCAUAAAUUAUACUCUACAAUGACAUCCCCACUGUUUGUGGUGCAGUGGCUGUUUGACGAGGAGCAACUGAGAGUGGAGAACAUUUACAUGGGGAGCCAGCGGAUGACUCCGGAACAAUGGCAGUACAUCCAGAACCUGGGUCGGGAACUGAAGACAUCUCUCAGUGAUGUUACAGCUGUGUUUGCUCCAUCCUGCCUCUCACAUACGAUGAUUACUAAAAGUAACUGGAUGAGUUUCCAAGUAAAGGGCACUUCUCUGCCACGAGCCUUGCAAUGCUGGGACAAGAAUCUAGAGGCAGUGCGUAACAACAGGACCCCUGCAAGAGGCUGCCCAUUCCACUUGGUAGACACCUGCCAGUGGCCCCAGUGCAACCCCACCUGCCCUGCCUUGGUGGAUCAGGCUACCCAGCAGGAGCUCACCCUUCUACAGAUGCUAGUAGCCUUGGGACUGGACCUCCAGAGUCUCGGGGUAGAUCCACAAGAAGAUGGGGAUUCCUUGGUUAGCAUGAUUAGCAAUGGGGGCUAAGAUAAAAAGAACAGUGGUGAGAGACAUGCAUAAGCUUGGUGUUAAAUUAACACAUGUCAAAUAACCAUUGACACGGUACAUAAAUCUGGGGACUUGUUGCUGGUAUGCAUUCCAUUAUACUCCAUGGGUAAGCCAAAGAUGACUUGGCUGGGGUAGCCUAUGUGGCAGUGAGAGAAUGGUGUAGUGCCCACUACUGGACACAGGACAUAACUAAUUUAUAAAUUAGGCUGUCUAUAAACAGCUAUAUUUUAAAUGUAGAGUGAUAAUGAUAUACUUAUCAUUAGUCCCAGAGCAUGAGAUACUUA